AUGCCAAAAAGAAAGUAUGUUCUUUCCAAUUGGGUACACAAUAUCAUCCUCAACUGCUUCCAUUGGAACAGUUUCGACCUCGCCUUCUUUUGGAAAUCUGGAAUGGGCACAGAUAUAUGCGGCGCGUUUUUUCUGCUUCAAAGUAAUAAUUCGAUGUUGCAACCUUCCGAUUUCCAAUAUGCCACCACAUAG